GUUUCAUUUGUUGCCAUAGUGAAAAAGUAGAUUAACCAAAGCGAGCAGCGAUGCCAUGAUGGACGCAUGAGGGAUGUUGCUCUUCUCCAAGUCGGCACACCUGUCCUGCAAGUAGAGGUUCAUGUGAACAUGUCUGUCUGCUGUAACCUACUUUGGACGCUAGCUCUCCCUCUGGACUUCUACCAUUUAUUAAAAGGCAGUCAAGACUUUCUGCUAAAUUUCUCUAGUCGCACUGCAGAUCCUUUCUCUGUUAUGGUGACCACCCCACGUUGAAAUCUGAAGACAGAAGAAAAAAACGAGUUGUUAUGGCCAGGAAAACUGUUUGCAGGACAAAUGGUAACCUGUGACAACAACUUUGAAUUUCACUUUGGGAUGAAUAAACAGAGCAAGAUGAUUGUGUGGCUACUCCUCGUCUUUGUUUGGGCGGCACUUGAGCAAACGGACUCGGCACAGUCUAGCGAACGGCGAGUUGUAGCCCACAUCCCUGGGGACAUCAUAAUUGGAGCGUUGUUCUCUGUGCAUCAUCAGCCUCCUGCAGACAAGGUUCAUGAACGUAAGUGCGGCGCAGUUCGAGAGCAGUACGGUAUCCAACGGGUGGAGGCCAUGAUGCACACGCUGGACCGCAUCAAUGCAGACCCUCUCAUCCUUCCCAACAUCACCCUUGGAUGUGAGAUCCGUGACUCCUGUUGGCACUCGGCUGUGGCUCUGGAGCAGAGCAUCGAAUUUAUACGGGAUUCGCUGGUGUCGUCCGACGAGGCGGAGGAGUGGGGUGGGGGAAGCCCUUGGGGAGGAGGCGGCGGGGGUGCAGCCAUGAAGUGCGCUGACCCCUCUGCCACUCCCAUGCGAGGGAAAAAACCCAUUGUGGGUUUAAUCGGGCCAGGAUCGAGCUCAGUCGCGAUCCAGGUCCAGAACCUUCUACAGCUGUUCAAUAUACCGCAAAUUGCCUACUCUGCCACUAGUAUGGAUCUUAGUGACAAGAGUCUUUACAAGUACUUCAUGCGGGUGGUGCCAUCAGAUGCCCAACAGGCAAGGGCGAUGGUGGACAUCGUCAAGAGAUACAACUGGAGCUAUGUGUCAGCCAUCAACACUGAAGGCAACUAUGGCGAAAGUGGGAUGGAAGCCUUCAAGGACAUGGCGGCAAAAGAGGGCAUUUGCAUCGCUCAUUCUGGCAAAAUCUGGAGCAAUGCCGGAGAGCAGAGCUUCGAUCGAUUGGUGGAAAGGCUGAAGGCUCACCUGCCCAAGGCCAGGGUGGUGGCUUGCUUCUGUGAAGGCAUGACCAUCCGCAAUAUCCUCAUGGCUAUAAGGCGCCAAGGACUGGUGGGAGAGUUUCUUCUCAUUGGCAGUGACGGAUGGGCAGACCGUUAUGACGUGACGGAUGGUUAUGUGAAGGAAGCCGCCGGUGGCAUAACCAUAAAGCUUCAAUCUGCUGACGUCAAGUGGUUUGAUGACUACUACCUUAAACUGCGCCCUGACAACAACCUCAGGAACCCGUGGUUCAUAGAAUUCUGGCAACAUCGCUUCCACUGUCGACUGAAAGGCCACCCACAGGAAAACAACAAGUACAAUCGCACCUGUAGCAAACGGGAAUCUCUUCGGCAGCAGUAUGCACAGGACACCAAGAUGGGCUUCGUCAUCAAUGCCAUUUAUUCAAUGGCAUAUGGCCUGCAUAACAUGCAACGGACACUGUGCCCAGGCUAUCAGGGCCUAUGUGAUGCCAUGAGGCCUAUUGAUGGCGCUACGUUGUUGGACUUCCUAAUGAAAACAAACUUUACUGGAGUAUCUGGGGAGGGAAUCCUCUUUGAUGAGAAUGGAGAUUCACCUGGCAGGUAUGAAAUCAUGAAUUUCAAGAAGAUGGGGAAGGACUACUAUGAUUACAUUAAUGUGGGCAGUUGGGACAACCGUGGCUUGAAAAUAGAUGAUGACGAAAUCUGGUCAAGCAAAGAAGUUGUCAUCAAGUCAGUUUGUAGUGAACCCUGUGAAAAAGGGCAGAUUAAGGUGAUCCGUAAAGGUGAAGUGAGCUGUUGUUGGACGUGUACCCCCUGUAAAGAAAACGAGUUUGUGUUUGAUGAGUAUACCUGCCGAGCUUGUGAUCUGGGCUCCUGGCCCACUCAUGACCUCACAGGAUGCGAUCCAAUCCCAGUGGAAUACCUCCGAUGGGGAGACCCCGAACCCAUCGCUGCUAUGGUUUUUGCCUGCCUUGGGCUCAUGGCCACGUUCUUUGUCACUGCCGUCUUCAUUAGGUUCAGGGACACUCCUGUGGUGAAAUCCUCCAGCAGGGAGCUUUGCUAUAUAAUACUGGCGGGUAUCUGCCUGGGGUACUUGUGUACCUUCAGCCUCAUCGCCAAACCGCAUGUCAUCCAUUGCUACCUCCAACGCCUGGGAAUUGGCCUGUCACCCGCCAUGAGCUACUCUGCUCUGGUCACCAAGACCAACCGCAUUGCACGGAUCCUGGCAGGCAGCAAGAAGAAGAUUUGUACAAAGAAGCCUCGUUUCAUGUCUGCCUGUGCUCAGCUCAUCAUUGCCUUCCUGCUCAUACUCUUACAGCUAGGCAUCAUUGUAGCACUCUUCCUCAUGGAGCCACCUCAGGUGAUCCAUGACUACCCCAGUAUCCGUCAAGUCAACCUCAUAUGCAACACCACUAACUUGGGUGUGGUUGCUCCGCUGGGAUACAAUGGCCUGCUCAUUCUCAGCUGUACCUUCUAUGCCUUCAAAACCCGCAACGUUCCGGCAAAUUUCAACGAGGCGAAGUACAUUGCCUUCACCAUGUACACUACCUGCAUUAUAUGGCUGGCCUUUGUUCCCAUCUACUUUGGCUCCAAUUACAAAAUAAUCACCAUGUGCUUCAGUGUCAGCCUCAGCGCUACUGUGGCCCUUUGCUGCAUGUUUGUACCAAAGGUGUACAUCAUUCUAGCCAAACCAGAGCGAAACGUGCGCAGUGCCUUUACCACCAGUACGGUGGUGCGCAUGCAUGUCGGCGAUGGCAAAUCCUCUUCAGCUGCCAGCCGCUCCUCCAGUCUGGUUAACCUGUGGAGACGCAGAGGCUCCACUGCAGAGACUCUCAGCUCAAACGGCAAGUCAGUGUCUUGGGCCCAGACAGAGCGCAACAGUUCACACGGGAACCACUUGUGGCAGCGUCUGUCCUUCCACAUCAAGAAGAAGGAGAACAAUCAAACUGCGGUCAUCAAGCCCUUCUCCAAGGCAGCUGAGGAGCGAUACUGCGGUGGUGCCAACCUGCCUCCGCACAUGCCCCUGCCCUCCCUCCCCUCCAUCUCCUCCCUGCCCUCUCAAAGUGACACCGGCGCAGACAAGAGCCUGUACGACCUCUCCGAAGCAGAGGAGAGGUACUCCCUAACUUAUCGGCCACAAACGCCCUCCCCGGUCAGCACGGUGAGCCAGAGACUCUGUGCCGGUUUGGAAGAGGAGUCUCAGUCGGCAAGCGGUGCCAAGUAUCCCAGCAGUACUUGCAGCCAGAGCAGCGGCAGCAGUUACGGCCGUGUCAGCAGUGGCUCGGGUGUGGCCGGGGGUGACGGUCGCCUGGUCAUCUUGGAGGGUCGCCCGGUGGCAUGCCAAAGCAACCUGAUGGAUCAGAUCAGCUGUGUGGUGAACCGCUUUACUGCCAACAUCAGCGAGCUCAACACUAUGAUGCUAUGGUCCUCGCCUACACACCCCCACGCACACAAACAUUCGCCACCGCCGCCGCCGCACCCCACCGACCCUUAUCUUCUUCCUCGUGAGAUCCACACGCCUCCUAUGCUCACUGCCUACGCUGACGUCCAGCCCCACCCCCUCGCCGAGUCCAGCUUGGGCCACCGGUUCGGCUGUCCGGUUCACCCUGUCCCACUUCCACAUUCGCCUUACCCUCUCCCCCCUCCUCACCCCCAGUCCUCCCCGUCUCUUUCCCCCAUGCGAGGUGGCUUGGUCACCCGCCUCAUGGACUCCCCACUAGGGAGGGUGGAAUUGGAGGAGGAGCUUAUUGCUUUGACUCCCCCGUCUCCCUUCCGCGACUCUUUGGCAUCAAGCGGUAGCUCGGCCGUGUCUGAUAUAGAUUUGUGUCUCCCGCCGGUGCCCUCCCAUCCUCCCCCGUCGCCUCCUUCGCCCAGGUACGCCAGACUAAAUCUCAGAAACUACAGCCAGAGUUCCUCUUCACUGUGAGGCAGACAUGACGGCAAGAAAGAGGAGCAAUUAAGACAAGCGGAUGGAUCAAGUCAAAUCCAUCCCCACAAGGAUGUGAAAGCUUUGUGUUUACAUGUGUGCAGUGAGAUCAUAUUUUCAUAGUGAUGUUCCUUACAUCAGAAAGGGAAACAACCACAAGAGAAAAUCUGUGGUUUGAAAAUAUGUAUUAGGUUUAGAUUGUGGCCUUACGCUAACAUGGCUGUCAGCUAAUUAGAGAUAGCAACCGUGCACUCGUCGUAUGUGUGUAUGUACGGUACGCAUACCUCCAUGAGUGCAUUUCAUUUGUCUUAAAGAGAAAUGGGCAAAGGGAAAUACUUGUGGAGCAGCUAAAAGCUCCCAAAGGGCACAUAAACUGUACAGGUGAUCUGCUGUACAGCAGUCAAACACGCACCGUCAAGAACUACAACUGUAAAUAUUUCACAAGGUGUGGGUUGCGGAGGUCCAUGGCGUGAACAUGCAGCUGCUUUACAGAUAAGCGACUUUUUUAUUACAUUAGCCGUUAAAACUGUUGUUUUGUUUCACUUGAUUCCUGAAGGGUUUGGCACCAAAACCUUAUGUAGGCCACCAGAAAGCAAGAAAGGCAAAUCGACAAAAUGUUAAAUGAAUAACAUCAAAUCUGGUUGCUAAUUGACUCAAAUCUGACCUCGCCGGAUAAUAGCAACGUUCCGCUUGAUGUGAGUCUUUUCUUUUCCAUACAAUGUGACAGCAGGGUACCAAUCUUGCUCUCCUUCGUCAUAUUUGACUGAACUCAUUAGAUUCACUUCCAUCUCUUGGGGAAAAAGUUCACAUCAUUCGCUUCUGUCAGUCUGUGGCGCAGGUGCACACUUGAAAUUAUUCCCUCAUGUUGGUGGCAGAGAAGCUUUGAUAAAUCCUUCAGCAGAAAGCACUUCAGGCCAAUUAUAUUUGAAAAGAAAUCCAAGCCUUGUCAGUUAAAAAUUUUGGUCAAUGCAAAAUUAUUUCGAGCAGAGUGUUAAAUGAAGCGCUUGCUAACACUAUUACACAGACAAGUACUGUAUAUAAAGUCUUGUUGCCUGGCAACCUUACAUAAAAAAAAUAAAAAUCAAACAGACUGUUAAGCAAUAAUGUGAUUACUAAUUAUUAUGAUAACAUUUAGUUGAGCAUAGUAGCUCAGCUGAGUCUUUACAUUUGUUUGUGCAUUCAAUUAAAUAGAUUGUGUGUCGUUUUACAGCAAAGACGGAAUUUGUUGCUUAUAGCCCGUGUUCUACCCGUUUCCGUCAUCAUACAAUGUCAAAUAGAACAUCUACAAUGAUUUACACAUCAACAAAGAAAAAGAGUCAAAAACAAAUAGUAUGACUCCCAAACUGUGCUAUCACUUUGAAUGUCUCAGUGAACAUUCCAAUUCAGAUAACAUGAUUAUUGUGCCAAAGGGUUUUGGGCGGGGCUAAAUUAUAUGCUUUGUUAGUGAAUAUGUGGUUUCAUAAAAACAACAACAAAAAAAAGGUAAAUGUUAAAGACUUUCUAAUGUAUUUUGAUAUUUUAAAAUUGAUCAUUGUGUUCUUUUCAUUGUAAAAGCAAUAGUACCCAUACAGUACAUCUAAAUGGGGUUUCUAAUCACUUUUAAGAAAUAGUUCUGCAUUCUCUGGGGGUAGUUUGCCAAGGAGCACUCAUACCCAAACACCCUUGUGUUUACGGAAAACUGCUCAAGGUGAAACGAGUUGUUUAUUUCUAAUUCAGUCUUGUAUAAUAGCUGUGUGUAUGCGAUCGAGAGGUUAUUUUGUGACAUUUUAUUGUCUCCAUUUGAAUGGCAAUGUUUAAAGACAGCAUUGCUGGAUUUGUACUUUGAGUCAAAGAUUUGUUGACAAUGAAGCAAAGAAAAAAACAGGACCAUUAAUUCCAAUCGCUGCAUUAUUAUUAUUAUUAUUAUCAUUAUUAUGACUUCUCUAAGUCAAAACAGACCUGAACAGACUAGACAUGACCCAACAAUUAGCCAGCGCCGUUGUGGUGGUGUGAUUUGGGAGAAGCUGGUUUACAUGCUCCUGUCACCGACUGUGUUCAUUGAGUUAAGCGAGUGCGCUCGUUUCAGACCUUCGCAUGGUUGUUAUCGGCCCCUCAGGUGGAACUGUGUGCUGCCUCAGCAGACAGACACAAUCAAUGCCCACAUCUCAUUUCCGAAAGGGACUUUAUGAUGUGACAUCAUUUUAUAUUAAAAAUCAUGUGACUGAUCAGAAAGACAAUUGAAAUGAAUGAAAGGAUGAUCAUUGCCGACAUAUGAUGCCCUGCUGAUGCGCUACCAAAAAGCUGUAGCAUGACUUAUCUUUGGAACUGCACUCCGAAGAAUUGAAUUGAUAAUCCUUAUAUGUACUUUUAAUCCAAAAGCGCUCAUCUGCUGAUCAGACGAGAACAAUCUCUAGGUUAUGUAAUCUUGAACUGUUUGCUUUUAACCCAAUCAUUAAUGGUGGCAGGAGGCAGUUUUAUCUCCAACACUGCACGCACACAAAAAGCACACAAAGCAGGUUGUAAUCUAAUGUAACGAUAGAUCCUCCACUUUUAUAAUUGGCCAAGUCUACCCGUGUUGUAUGAGAAUCAAUUUAUGGUUAUAUGGAGGUUAUAUGUUUCAGUGUGUCUGUCUGUUGACGACGUCUAAGGAGGAGUAAAAUUGGGGAACAAUCAGAUUCAACCCAGAAUUAAUUUUGUGUCAAAUACAUUUUUCAACCGUAUCAGUUUCUUGUAAUGCAGUAGUAGGUCUCAUGUAUUGCUUCCCAUGAGUUUAAAAAGACACCCAUAUGCUUAAGCAGUAUUUCAAAAUGACUGACCUAAGGAUUUCUGUGUGUAGAAAAGCAUUUAAUAGGAUGUGCAGGGAAGAGACUGAACACAGAGACUUAUCAGUGUUGACUUGAAUAUUAAGUAGCUAAGAGCUGCGUACAUGUUUGCUUUUGCAAGACAGAGGCUGAGUGCAAUCCAGGGCAGAGGUGGCUAUGCCUACUUGUCUUAAAUAUGCCAACCACAGUAUUUUUGUAUUUUGCGUAUGGUGUAAUGCUGCUGAUGAUUAGUUUGCUUUUUAAUGGACUGAAGCUUGCUUAUUGCAUUUUAGUUACAUGUUAAUGUUAUACGUUAUAAGUCUCAUAUAUAUAUAUUUUAUGGAUUAUCAGAGGUGAAAUGCAGGUUGUUUUAAAAUACAAAGCAGGCAGAUCUCAUUACAUUUUUCAUUUGUUAUACAGUGAAACCUCAGGUCACAAAUUUUAUUCCUUCCGUGACCCCGUAUCCAACCCGAAACCUUUGCAUAACAAAGUAAUGUUUCCCAUUGAAAUGAAUGGAAGCAGAAUGAAUCCAUUCCAAUCUGAAAACAAAACUAUACAAUAGAAUUGAAUAAUCUGUGCGAUAUAGAAAGAAAAGUUUUCACUGCAUUUCCUUCUUGUUUUUAACAAUGCAGUUAGGCUUCCAAACUGUACCGGUACAAGUUUUCGCUUUCUUUGGAACCCGACUGUAGCUAAUGAAGAGAAAAUGAACAAAGAUACAUGUAAUGUGCGAUGCAGGGAGCCAUGGACGUUAACCCAGCGCAAGAAAAAGCACAACUACAUGCCGAGAAGAUUCACAAAUUGUAAAUAGUGAAUCAAACAAGGCAGUGUUUUCUUUGAAAAUUUGGUGCUCAAACCAAUUGUUUGUCAACCUGGUUAUUUGUAACUCGAGGUUCCACUGUAUUUCCAUAUCUAAAGUUUCUCUCUGUUAAAGGUAUAACAAGCACAGGUAGAUGUGAAAUUAAAGCCGAUGGGAAAUCAAAUAGAUGCUAAAAAGCUGUUGCUUUGAGCGCAAACAACCUCCAGUCAUUGUUGCGUGUUCAAUUGUGAUGAGAUUCUCAUUUGAGACGGCGGCGCUACCAAUAAGAAUAUGAAUGUUGCCUUUAGAAAGUGAUGUUUACACGUUUCUGCUCACUGGAGCGGAUCAACUUCAUCACAGGUAGUCAAGGCGUUCAUUUCCACAAGCUUGUCAGCAAAUGUCAUGUGGAUUUCUCUUUUCUUUUCUUUUUUUUAUUGCAACACUAAUGUGGGGGUGUAGAGAGAGCAGUAAAAUACAUCUGCAUUUAAAUAAAGUGGCUGUGUUGUGUUUCAAUCUUCAAUCUCAGCAACAUACCAAGCAGUUAGUUUGGGUUUAAUGUAGCUCAGUUGGGAAAAUGGUUGAUGACGAAGAAAUUUGCUCUGAAUGCUACUUGUGCAAAAGCGUUAGCUUAGCACUGGACCAAAAUGACUGUUAUUGAAGUAAACGGUAAUAAUAACUGCUCUUUGUAAUUCUAACAUUCAGAAAGCACAUCACGUGUCAAGCGCAUAUCCUCCGACUCUGCUGUUUGCAAUCUUAAAAUGAAGUUACCCACACAGUGCCAAUUUUCAACACCCCCCCAUCCCCCAUUUGAAGUGCUAUGAUUCUCUUUCUGAAAUUCUGAAGUACAGAAGCGUUAAACUUGUUGUACAGGUCUGAAAACCGUUCAAAUCUAUUGUUUAUUAAAGGAAAAUAUUGUAUUGUUUAUAUUCAUCGUUGGUCAUUUGAUAUUCCGAUGAUUCAUUUUUAGGAAUGUUUUACAAGCUUUGUCAUUGUUUUUUUUUUCUGAUGACAGAAAUGUAGAAUGUAAUUUGAUGCUGUACGUCUGUGACACUGCAAGAUGGAUUUAUAUUUAAAUACUGUAUUUGGAUUUGUAUAGUGUGAACUGGUGAGACUUUAUGGUGAUAGCUGUAUAAAAAUUACAGUAUCUUUCUAAGUGGCUUUGUAGAGCAGGGUUUUGAUUCGCACCGGUCUGAGUGUAUGGAGUGUGUGCUUCAAGCAUAUUUGACAUUUUUAGAGCCGAACUUGCUUUAGAUUGUUCUCCAAUACUACAAACUGACAUGAGACGGUUUUCUCCGAGAAUAAAAUGUCUUCACAUUGUG